AUUGGACAGAAAAGAGUUUGCCGUGGAAAAUCACCAUGAUACAUUCCCCAUUUUGACCUGCCUUCGAACAUAUCACAUAAUUGAAACAGAAAUUACCGGAAAAUUUGCCGGGAGGAUAUUGCUGAACCAAUUAUUGGUUACAUUGUUGAAAUCACUAAUAGCUGAGGCAAUCUUGUUUUGAGGAAUCCUCUUUACAUUUAGAAAAUAUCAGAAUUUGGCUACGAUGGAUGAUAACGAAUCGACGGAGAACUUAUAUUCACAAAGAGUGAGAUCUUCCAAGGAUCAUAACAACUGGUUAAUCGUUGGAGAAUUGAUCAGAUUAAUUAAGGAGCCCGUCGCUUUGUACACCACUCAUAUCAUAGAAGAAUGGCAUGCCAAGCUUCCUUGUCUUUCGCUGCCGCAAUGCACAAAUCCUGCCGUUUGCCUGACAAAAAAGAAUCAUCGUGAUCUUUGCCACUCUUGCAAGGGAUGGUACGAUGAGCUUGCCAAAUCCCAUCGAAAUCUAAACAAACGACAAAUAAGAUGGCGUGGAAACUGCAACACAUCAAAGUGGCCGAAUGAACCUUGGGAGGUUGCCAAGUUCUUUAUGUCUGCUCUUGGCGACAACAAAAUAAGCGUUAAAGACGCCGAAUCCACUGAUUUAUCUUCUCUUCUGAACGUCCUUGAAUGGACAGAAGAUGCGAUCUUUGCCCCAGACAGACGUGUUGAUCGUAACCUCGUUAAAAAGCUCCGUUCAGAGGUUAGAAACGCUUGGGCUCAUGCACCUGAUCAAAAAUUAGCCGAAGCCACUCUUAACGAUGCUUUUCAUAUUGCGAAUAACUUUGCAGCUGAUCUUUACAUUGUUUUCAACCGUAACGAAGUAAAAGAGUGCAUAGAGUCUAUUAAGGAUCUCCAGGCUAAUGGAAUAAGCAAUGUUACACAAACCGAGUUAAAAAUUCUGAAUUUAUUGCGCUUUGAGUUAGGCGGAGAGGUCAGCCAAAUGAAAGAACAAUUAAAGCGCUUGAAAGAUGAUCAAAGUUCCGAUAGGAAGAAAAUUAAGAUGUUGGAAGAAAAGUUGGAGAAUCUCGAGACUGGCUACAUCAUCAACAAUGCGGGAACUAGUACACAAUGGCAACUAAAGAGCUGCAUUCCUGACAAACCUGAAACAUUUAUUGGUCGUGACGAUGAAGUAAAGCAAAUCAUAUCUUACUUGGUAGAGAAUGGCUGUGGAAUUGUAUCCAUUGUUGGUGGACCUGGUUUUGGCAAGAGCACUGUUGCAAUUGAAGUUUGCCAUGAUUUAAGCAAUAACAAUGAUACUGUCGUAUUUUUUUCAUAUCUACAAAAUAUUUCGACUGUUGCAGAGGUGAUACUACGUCUUUGUCAAGACGUUGGCGUAAAUCCUGGAGAAAAUCCUGAAUCAUCGUUAAUGCUACGGUUAAAAAGUAUUGAGAUGAAAGUUGUCCUCGUAAUGGACAACAUCGAGCAACUACUUGAAAGCAACGAGAAACCUCAGUUUGACGAAUUGGUGCUCACGCUUCGCAAGAAUGUAGGGCAACAUUUGCAAAUCCUAACGACGUCAAGAACAGAAUUCACAAUUCACGAGCAACAAUUCAUUGUCAACCAUCCAAUACAGAAACUGGAUGAGAGAUUUAGUGUGGAACUUUUAAAAAGGUGCUGUCCGAGUGUAGAAAUUUCAGACGCAUAUCUGAAUGAAUUGGCUGACCUGUGUGGUGGUGUUCCUCUCGCUUUGUGUAUCGCAGGAACAAUAAUUCCAGAUCUUGACGAUCCUUCAGAGUUAAUUCAGUGGCUAAAAGUGAGGCCCAUGGAAGCAUUAAAGCGUGUUGAACAAGCCUUUGAAUUUUCUCUUCAAAAAUUGAGUGAUGAAGAUAAGAAAUCUUUGGUUUGUCUUUCGGUAUUUGAUGGGAAUUUUCAAAGAAAUUCUGCUAAAGAAGUAAUUGGAAGGGAUGGGUUAAAAACCCUAGAUUUUUUAAAGAAUCUUGUCAGUCGAAGCUUAAUACAGAGAACUGGUGAUAAGCGCUUCGUGAUUCAUUCUCUUAUUCGGCGGUUCUUAGCUGAUCAUGUUCAGUUUAAAGAAGAAAGGGCAAUAGCACAAGAAUUGAUGGUGACACAUUUUCUAAAGAUGUGCCAUACGUUAACCAUGGAGUGUUAUUCAAAGAACGAAUUUAUUAGCGCCAGAGAAUCGUUGAAAAAAGACGUUCACAAUGUCGAGGAAACGCUAAAAAUCUGCUCACAGGAUCAGAUCAGGAAUUUGAGUCCAAGCAUCCACGAAGUGUUGGCCAGCAGUGAUGUUUACAAGUCUUCAUUUCGGUUUUUUCACAACUUCAGCUGGGAUCUUCUCCCUGAAACGGUCUUGUGUCAUUUUUUUCAAUCUUGUAUUACAUUGGCUGAAAGUCGAAAUGAACCAACUAUUGAAAUGCUUUUCAAAUGUUUGGCAACAGCUCAAGAAGGACAUAAAUCUGCAUGGAGGUCCAAGGAAUACUCCAAGCGAAUUGAAAGUAUCCAGACAGCAUUUCAAAGAAAGAAAGAGGCAUUGAAAGAAGACAGAUACGUAUUUAUGUUAUGUUACGACCUACUUGCCCGACAUUACUUUACCUCGGCACCAAAUGCGAAUAACACACAGUCCGAUUUCACAGAAGAUGAACUUUCAAGGUCCGUAGAUGACGUUCUAAGUCCUAUGGAGAAAGUAGCAGAGGCAUAUAUUCUGAAGAAACAAGGCAGUAUAAGCAAAUUGCGUGGAAACAAAAUGUUUCACGAAGACCAACAAAAGAAGAAUGAACACAUGAACAGGGCCGAAUCGUUUUACAACCGAGCUUUAUCUUUAGCUAAAGAGCUGUUAGGGGAUCAUGUAUUAACAUGUGCUCUUGAUAAACUUUUGGGAGAUUUAUGUUUUAACUUGCAUAAGAACGAAGAGGCACUGACAUAUUAUACCAAUGCCAUAAAUCUCCACAAGAAACUGAAACUUGAUUCUAAUGAGCAGUUUGUAAUGUUGCUCAAGAAUUGUGGAGGGUGCUUGUCGAUUCUUCGUCGCUUCGAUGAAUCUGAGAAAACAUUAAAGGAAGCGCGCAGCAUUGCUGACAAGAUCUCUGGGAACACUCGUUGUAGAGCCCAGGUGUAUUGUGAGUUAGCAAUCACAUGUAGUUCCCGGGAACCUGAUUGCCGAGAAGCCGCAGGGUAUGCACAUGAAGCAAUAAAGAUGCAAGAGUUUCUGGAAUCGGGCAAAGUGGAAAAAUUGAGGAAGAUUAUCCAAACCGCAGAGAUUAUCAAGCAAUUACAAGACAUCGCUAAAGUUCAAGGAACAGAACUACAGUCCCACCUGAAAAGUUGCAUUCCCGACAAACCACAAAUAUUCAUUGGCCGUGACGCUGAAGUAAAACAAAUAAUAUCUUCCUUAGUGGAGAACGACUGUGGAAUUGUGUCUAUUGUCGGUGGACCAGGAUUUGGCAAGAGCACCAUUGCAUAUGAAGUUUCCCAUCAAUUAAGCAACAAGCAUGGCAUUGUCGUAAUUUUCACAUGUCUCUCACAUGCAUCGACAGUUUCUGAAGUAAGAAAAUGUCUCUGUCGUGUCGUUGGCAUUAAUCCAGGAGAAAGUCCUGAAUCAUCUUUGACAUUUUGGUUAAAGAGUAUUGAGAAGAAAGUUAUCCUUGUCAUGGACAACAUCGAGCAAUUGCUUGAAACGAAUGUGAAAUCUAAGUUCAUUGAAUUGGUGUGUAGCCUCCGCAAAAAUUCGCACCAACAUUUGCAUAUUCUAACGACGACAAGAACAACAUUUUCGGUUUCGGGCCAAACCACCGAAAACCAUCAAAUUGGGAAGUUGGAUGAAAAAUCAAGUAUUGAAAUUUUAAGAAGACGUUGCCGUAAUAAAGUUAACAAUGCGCACGAAUUGGCGAAGCUGUGUGGUUUCGUUCCUCUCGCCUUGUGUAUCGCAGGAGCAAUAAUUCCUGAUCUUGAUGAUCCUUCAGAGUUGGUACAGUGGUUAAGAAAGAAAUCUAUGGAAGCAGAAAAGAAAAACUCUCCUGACCAAUGUGUUGAACAAAUCAUCAAGUUUUCUUUUCAGAAGUUGACUUUGGAAGAUCAGAAAGGGAUCGUUUGUCUUUCGGUAUUCAAUGGGAAUUUCGAAAUAAAUUCUGCAAGAGAAGUAAUUGACAAAAACGAGUCCCAAACUGCAGAAUUAUUAAAAAAAUUGGUCAGCCGAAGUCUAAUACAAUUUAAUAGUGAUAAGCGCUAUGUGAUGCAUUCAGUAAUCCGACGAUUCCUGGUCGACCAUCAUAAAGAGGAAAAAUCGAAAGCCCAAGGAUUGAUGGUGAAUCAUUUUUUAGUGGCGUGCCAUUCGUUGACCAUGGAAUGUUACUCGCUUAACGGUUUUGCUACUGCCAGAGAAUCGCUUAAAAAGGAUAUCCACAAUAUCGAGGAAACGUUAAGAAUAUGCACCCAAGAUCAGGCAACUAGUUUGAAUGCAGACAUCCUCCAGUUCUUGACGAGUAGUAAUGUUUACAAGUCCCCAUCCUUCUUCUUCUACAACUUCAGCCUUGAUCUCCUUUCGGAAAGUGUUUUAUGGAAUUUCUUUGAAUCCUGUUUCAGACUAGCCGAAAGUCGAAAGCAACCAGCCAUUGAAAUCACAUUCCAAUGUUUAUUAGCAUACCAAGAAGGGCUUAAAUCAGCAUGGAAGUCUUCGGAGUACAAGAACAGAUUGAGGACGAUCAGUGCAGCGUUUUGCAAAAAUAAAGCAGUGCUGAAAGAAGAUAGGUUCUUUUUUAUGUUUUGUUACUAUUUUUCCGCUCGCUAUAACUGCAGGAAAGCAACAAAUCCACUGGCUCCUGAUCUGACCGAGGAUGAUCUUCCUGCCUUGCCUGACAACAAAACUGAUCUGAAUCCUGAAGAAAAAGCAACAAAAGUUCAUUUUCUGAUAGAGCGUGCAAAUAUAUACAAGAAACGUGCAAAUAAAGCAUUUAAAGAAGACAAAGGAAAAUACAACGAACACCUAAAGUCUGAAAAGGAUCACUACGAACAAGCUUUGGCGUUAGCUAAAACGUUCUUCGGUGACAACGAAUUAACAUGCAUUGUCUGUAAGCUGCUAGGAGAUUUAUACUUCAGUUUGAACAAGUACACAGAGGCACUGACGUAUUAUUACGAUGCUGUACGUCUGCGGACGAAACUGGGGCUUGAUGGUAACGAGUCGUUUGUGUUCUUGCUCAAGAAUUGUGGUGUGUGUCUUUCGAAUCUUGGUUGUUUUGAUGUUUCGGUGGAGACGUUAAAAAAGUCUCGCGACAUGGCUGACAAGCUCACUGAAAAGGAAACCCUUUGUAGAGCCCGGGUGAAUUACGUGUUAGCUAGAACGUGUCUUGAAUGGAAACAUGACUGUCAAGAAGCCGCAGGAUAUGCUAAAGAGGCCAUGAAGAUGUGGAAGUCAUUAGACCCGAACAUGGUGGAAACAUUGGAAAAUAUUAUUCGCAGGCAAGAGGAAAUGACACUCGAUAGUCUGGACAAUUAAUAAAUUUCUUAAGUAUUGACCCAUUGCACACAAACGUGACAUGACGUCACAAAUCCUAAGAGUUGUCCUCUAGUUGUUUGACAAGAACAAUUUACGAAGCAAAAGUUCGUCACUGAUUUUUGUAUUUUGCCAAUAUUAUGCUAUGUUAAUUAGUUCUCUAGACUAAUGUGACGUCAUGUGCUAAGGGUCUGUACCCUACUAAAACUAUCCACUGUGUUAUUACUGCACAUAUACAAGUUUCUUGACUUUUUUGACAUACCAGCUUCGCUCUAAGAUUCACAGAUUUGGAUAAAGUUUUUCGAUAAAUUUAAAGCUUUGGCCUUUUG